AUGGGUUCCAACUCCGACGACAUCACCGUCGACAAUGUCGAGAUCAUUGGCUUCGAGGUCAUCGACCUCCGCUUCCCGACCAGCCUAGACGGCGUCGGCUCCGACGCCAUGCAUGUCGGCACCAACGGCUCCCACCCGUACGUCCGCCUCAAGACCAACCACCCAGACCUCGUCGGAGAGGGCAUCGCCUUUAGCAACGGCCGCGGCAGCGAGCUGAUCACGCUGGCACUCGACGUCUUCGCGCGGCGCGUGGUGGGCAAGACGAUGGAGCGGCUGACGCGCGACAUGGGCAAGACGUGGCGGUACAUGGUGUCGGACUCGCAGUACCGGUGGGUCGGCCCCGAGAAGUCGGUGACGCACCUGGCGGUGGCGGGGGUGCUCAACGCCGUGUGGGAUCUCUGGGGCAAGAUCGUGGGCAAGCCGGUGUGGCGGAUCGUGUGCGACAUGACGCCCGAGGAGCUGGUGCGCUGCAUCGACUUCCGCUACAUCACCGACGUGCUCACCCCGGACGAGGCCGUCGCCAUGCUCCGGCGCACCCAGGAGGGCAAGGAGGCCCGGCUGCAGGAGGCCCUCGCCAACCGGGCCGUUCCCGCCUACACGACGAGCCCCGGCUGGCUGGCCUUCGGCGGCGACAAGAUGCGCGAGGUCCUGCAGGAGACCAUCAGGCAGGGCUUCACCGUCUUCAAGUUCAAGGUCGGCACCAGCGUCGAGGCCGACCGCGACCGACUGCGCGCCGUCAGAGAGGUUCUGGGUUAUGACAACGGGUAUCAGAUUAUGAUCGAUGCCAACCAGGUCUGGAGCGUGCCGGAGGCGAUCGAGUACAUGAAGCAACUGGUCGAGUUCAAACCCGUAUUUAUCGAAGAACCGACAAAUCCCGACGACGUCCUCGGCCACGCGGCCAUCCGCAAGGCCCUUAAGCCCUACGGGGUGGGCGUGGCCACGGGCGAGGCGGCGCAGAACCGCGUGACCUUCAAGCAGCUCUUCCAGGCCGAGGCGACCGACGUGGCGCAGAUCGACGCGGUCCGGCUCGGCAGCGUCAACGAGUGCCUCGCCGUCAUGCUCAUGGCGCUCAAGUUUAACGUCCCCUGCGUGCCGCACAACGGGGCCAUGGGCCUGACCGAGCUGACGUCGCACCUGAGCCUGAUCGACUACGUCGCCGUCAGCGGCAAGAAGUCCAUGCUCGAGUUCGCCGAUAGCCACCGCGAGAACCUGCGCCACCCGUCCCGCAUCGUCGACGCCCACUACGUCACGCCGCUGGAGCCCGGCUACAGUAUCGGCUACACUGACGAGGCGCUCGAGAAGUACACGUACCCCAACGGCAGCUUCUGGCGGAGCGAGAUUGGGCAGCAGAUCAUUGCGCAGCCAACAGGUGGCGAGCUGUAG